UGUGCCGGCUGUUGCAAUGUGGCUCCACCAGGGUAAAACAACAAUACACAAUACGAUCCGUGACCAUUUACAAAUUACAACCCAACAUCUGUAACCAUGGCUGUACAUUAUUGAGGCCGUUAUCGUAUAUUAUAGCGUCCUGUUACCGGUAAUAAAUGUGUAUUAUCAUUAUUCAUUACCCAUAAACAGUAUAAACAACAGUUUUACGUAAUAUGUAGCGAGUUGUUAAUUAAGUGUACCUACUCGUUCGAGAAGUGUCCGCGUCAUUUUUAGUAGCUUUCAGUUCGAUCACUAAGCUUCGAGUUAAUUAAAAAUUCCGAAACUUGUUUCCAAAAUUAGGAGAUCUGGUAGUAAAACAGAAUAUUCUUAAAUGGCUUUAAUAAAAGACAUUAAAGAUAAAAUCACAGGAGAUGCUGAAGCUGUCAAAAGUAAGUCAUGUGUUGAAAACUCAAAUUCUGCAGUUGAAGAUAAUCAAGCACUAAUGACAACUAAAAAUGUCCUUAAAUUUAUUAAGACUGAAAUUGAUGUGUUUGAUGAUUUUAAGUGGGAAAGUACAAUCGAAAUUCCUAUAGAAUGUCUGGAUGUACCUGAUUAUAUUAUUUUGAAUAAUGAAAAGACAAUUACAACAAUGUUUCACUGCAAAUAUUGCAUAAAAAGUUUUCCUUUAAAAUAUCUUUUGAAAAAUCACUUGAAAGAACACAUACAAAUGAGUACAAAAACAAAGAAGUUUGGAUGUAAGUUUUGUGGAAAACUGUUCAAAUUAAGAUUUGUUUUGAAUAGACACAUUCAAGCACAUUCUAAAAAUAAUUUUUAA